UUAAAUUUUUUAGCAUUCCAAACCAAACACAGUGCAGCUGUCAUAGAUAAAUCCGCAUAAAUAAUAGAAAUGCUCAACAAAUGGCAUAUUUUGUUGGAAUAAGUUGAUUUUUGAUCAAAAUCUCGUAAAAUAACACUAUUUUUGUACAAUUACCCUGCAUGGUACUUAGAAACAUUACAAGAUUACACUAACGAAAUGAACAACAAAAAAGACAUGGAUCCAUUGCAAUUGUGUCGAAUAUGUGCGAUUGAUGUGGCCAAUGAGCAGCAAACAGCAUCACAUCCACUGAUUGAAAACAAUCAAAUCACUGAAUUAGGAGCGAAAUUUAUAUCAUGUCUGGGUAUUCAGCUUAUGAAGGAAGGCUAUCCGGAUCGUGUGUGCGACUAUUGCCAACUUCAAUUGCACACGUUUCAUGCUUUUGUGCGGAAAGCAAAGAUGACAUCGAAUCGAUUUGAAAGUAUGCUACAAGAACUGCGGAAACAAAAUAGUGAGGAAGACAAUGAACUGAAUGACGAUGCGGUGCAGAUCAGUGACAUGUUAUCAACAGCAGACAUGGAUUUUGAUAUGCAGCAAGACGAAAUGAAUGAAAUACAUGAAAAUAGUGAGGCAAAUGAAUCGAUUGAAGUGGAAUUUCUGGUUGACAAAGCAAAAGUUGAACUCGCAGACGUGAGAGACAUUGCUAUGCCAGUCAAUGGAGAUGAUGAUGAGUAUACGGUUGAGUAUUUGGAGUCAGAAUAUAUCGAAGAUACAUUUGACGAUGAAAUGGUUGAAAACGAGGAGGAGGACGAUGAAGAGCAAGCAGAUGAUUCAGAGGGGAAGUCUAUAAGAAAUCAAACCAAAAAAGGGGCAAUCAAACGAACAUACCCAUACAAAUGUCCAAAGUGUAAUAAACGUUUUGUUUACAAAGAGGUUUACGAUGCGCAUAUUCGUAUUCACAAAGGAUUGCCCGGUUUUGUGUGUCCACACUGUCCAAAAACAUUUAACGAAAAAUCAAAUUUCGACUAUCAUAUGCAGGAUCACACGGGCAUUCGACCGGCAAAAUGCCAUCUUUGUGAAAAGAGCUUUAAAAAUAAACAAGACUUGGCUUCCCACAUUCGGUGUCACAAGGACAUUCGCAAGUAUAUGUGUGAUGUUUGUGGCAAACGCUUCCGUUCACAAAGCCAUAUGACAUACCAUCGAUAUGCCCAUUUCGAAGCAAGAAAUUUUGCCUGUGACCAGUGCGCACAACGAUUCAAAAGUCCACACAUACUACGAACCCAUAAAAAUACCGUUCACUCAACCGUAUUCCGCUACGAGUGUGAGACUUGUGGCCGUAAAUUUAAACGUGAUCAUCACUUAGUGGCACACAGACGAACGCAUAACAAACCACCAGGUAAACGGAGCUCACGGAAAAAGAAGGCCGAAAAGAAUCCUGCGGCAGCGACAUUUCAAAUGGUUGAAGUGAAACAAGAGGAAGAAUUCGACAUCAGCUACGAAGAUGACACAUACGAAGAAGAGUUCAUUACUGAUUAAACCUUCCAUUUCAAUCGACAACGUUAUUGAUAGGAAUUGUACAUUUAAAAAUGAAAAUGGAAAAUUAGGAACUAAAUAUUAAGCACAUGUUUUUCAUAUUUUUGUCAGUUGUUCAUCAUGAUGCGAAAAAACACACACAUUUAUAAUAAAUAAAUGACUUAAAUUGACA